GUCAGCUGUUGGACGAGGCGAAAGGAUACUUUCUCUCUCAUUCGGCGCUCAAUUCCAGUGAAAAACUGUUUACAGAAAUAAAUUAUCGGGGGUUCAACAAAUCCUUAAGGUGGCUCGCACAUGACGUCACGCAUGAGACGUCGAAAGGAUCGCCGCUAGUAAUUAACCCACACACAGAUGCUGGCGAGGUUUGUUGAUCCGGGUGCAGGAUCGGCCAUACUGCCCCUGCCAAUUUUCAUAAUUAAAAUGCGUAAAGUUGUGGAAAAAAGGAGCCAGAAGCCGGAGAGUUUCGGUAAUUCUCCGUUGAUCUUUGGAUGUGGGCGCCGGCUUUUACUGAUGCAAUCAACAGCUCAUCGCAAUCGCAGGAUAGCCAGGGGUGGAUUGCUAGUCAUCGAGUCCUGCAUGAGGCCACUGGCACCCCGGGCGCAUUUUAAUCAACUAAACACCCACAACAUGUUACCCCCCGAGCAAUCCAUAUUUUUGGUGCCAACGCAGCUAAAAAUGGCUACCAAAUUGUGCACCGUUGGAACCAAACCGUUUCCAAAACUCAAUCCGUAA